UUGAAUUGAUCCGGGCGCCGUUACUAAAACUUAUAAGGCUUUCGUCCUGGUAAAAACGAAGUUUAAACUUCGUGCGUCUUUAGGCCUCCUAUUUCUAUUUGCGGUAAACGUCUAAUAAUACUAAGUAACUAUAUUAGAAUACGUGGAGUAUUGCUGCUAGCUACGAUGGGAUGAAAGUUAGCAUGGCGAUGUUAGUUUUGCUUGCCAAACUGUAGGACAGUUUGUCAAACCAAACUGUAGAAGACAGCUAACCCACCUGCUAAUGCUAACUAGAAUAGAUAGUAUGUAGCUGCACAUCAACUUAAAGAUCAAAUGGUGCACAUUUCAGGACGUUAAAUUAUGAACCCAAGUGAAAAGCAAAAGAACAGUUGUGACGAGGAGAUCAUCAAAGAACUGUGCUUAGCCAAUGGUGUGUCCUAUGAAAAGAUAGCACAAGAUGGCAGUACCAUCACUUCUCUGGAGGUCUUCUUUUCAGGCUAUCCCCGCAUGGUUGGGCUUUCUCUCUUCCCAAGGCUCAGCCAGCUCAUAAUAGUGGGCCAGGACAUAAACCAAAUUCAAGGCCUUGGAUGCUGUCCUCUCCUCCGAGAGCUGUGGGUGGUCGAAUGUCAACUGUCGGAAAUAUCCGGACUACAAAACAGCCUCCAACUACAGAAACUCUACCUUUAUGAUAAUCAAAUUAGUGCAAUUAAAAAUUUAGAGUUGCAUGUGAAUUUACAAGUGCUAUGGCUCAACAACAACAGCAUCACACUCAUAGAGGGAUUGGAUACUCUACAAAAACUGAAAGAACUGAACCUUGCUGACAACAGCAUUGAAAAAAUUGGACAUAGCCUUGAUCCUAACGUCAACCUUCAAAAUCUUAAUCUAUCUGGAAACAAGAUCAGCUCCUUUAAGGAGCUGACCUUGCUGGCCCAUUUACCUAAUCUGACCGAACUGGGACUGAACGACCCGCAGUCAAGUCCAAACCCAGUGUGUCUGCUCUAUAACUAUGCCACCCACAUUCUUUACCACAUGCCAGGACUCCAGAGACUUGACACCUAUGAUGUCUCAAGCAAGCAGUUAAAGGAAGCAGCCAAGUCUACAGUGAUGAAGAAACUAAUGUACUACAGCAUGUGUGUUCGCACUGCUCAGAGGAAACUGGAAGAGACCCAGGCCAGACUGAUGGAGCAGAAGAAGACUCAGCUACAGUUACCCGAGGAACGCAUCAGAACACUCAGUUAUGCCCUCAAAAAUCUGGAGGAUGAGCUCUCAGAGGCACAGGCCAGUAGCAGGAAGUCUGCCAGCAUUUGGGAAGAUGGACUCUCACUGCUGAUAGAUGAUUCAGGGGGCUGCAAUGACACAGCUGCUGACAUCAGUCGUGAUCCCAUGUUUGAGCAUAAGCUGCUACUCACAAAGGUGGAAGCAGUAAGGGAAAGGCUGAAACUGUGGGGCAGAAAGCUGGAGGAGAUUGAGACCUGGUAUGAGCAAGAUCUGUCCCAGGCCACAAAGAGGAAGAAGCUCAUGGUUCACUUUCUGUUAAUGGAGCUUGAGACUGUAGGGAAUAUUUGUUUUGAAGAGGGCAGCUUCACAGACCCUUGGUUCCGAUCCUGUUUUCACCUGGUGCUGUCCUGUUUCUGUGCUGCAGACUACAAGGCUUAUGGCAUUACUGGCAUCAAGACCCAUCGAAUAAUCCGCAUCCAUAACCGUGCUUUGAAGCUUCGUUUUAAGGACAAACUUCAUAGCCUGCUAGCUAGAGAGGAAUCUGUUUUGUUUUCACAGAACUACAAACGAUCGCUGGAGUACUUGUUCUACAUCGCGGACCCUGAAAGAACCAUUGAAAAGAAUGAAACAAUACACAUUCUAGAGGACGGCUUAAAAAAGACCCUGGGAAGAGAAAGUGUUGUACCCUUAUCUGACAGCUUGAGCGUGGCUGAACGGCCCAGGAUUGAGUACACACUGUGCCGGGCAAGCCAAGGCUCCUCCAAGCAGAGCUCAGACAUUGUUCCCUUCAGACACGGUCAGAUUAUCAUUUCCAAAGUAUUCCUGGGCCAUAGCUUCCCCAUCCGUGAGGGUGAGCCAGUAGUCAGCGGCAACUAUCCUAAUGCCCACUCUGUGUAUCGCACUGUUCACACUGUGUAUGAAACUAAGUCAAGUGGAGGUACAUAUCAAAGUGGAUGUGAGUGCAACCCUAGACAAAGCCAGUGGUUUGUGUUUGACCAUGAGCUUGUUUUGCCAGAGUACAUCGUCGACUUUGAGUAUAUCACCCAGGAUCAAGGUCAGCCUGUCUACCCUAACCUUAGCACAGACAGAGGUUCAUUUCCUUCCGAUGAUAUUAACCUGGACAAGGAGGUCCUCAACUUGGAGCCUAUGCUGAAACAACCGCCCAAGUUGUUGAGUUUGGAUGAGACAACUCUGCUUAAAGUGGCUAGAGCCAAUGUACUCAGUCAGAUCACUGUGCUGAACCUCCAUGGCAACAGUCUGAACAAGCUUAAGGAAAUCUCCUGCCUUAGAGCCCUGCGUAGCCUUACUAUAAGCUUCAACGAGUUCACACGUCUGGAUGACAUCUCACACAUGCCCCACUUGGAGUUUGUGGAUGCCAGUCACAACCACCUUUUAACCCUAAAUGGGCUAAGGGGGUUGGGGCAGCUCAAGGAGCUUGACUUACGCUGGAACAAGCUGGCCAAAACCAGGGAGGAGACAGCUGUGCUCAGGAAACACACUCCUGCCCUGUUGAAACUUGACACCCGACACAACCCCUGGCACAGGCCGGAGAUGCACAGAAUGACCACUCUGGGCCAUCUCUUGACCCUCACACACCUGGAUGAUGUGUUGGUAGGGGAGGAGGAGGCUGCAGUUUCUCUUCAGAUGGCUGCUGGUUCCAGAAUUACCCAGGCAUCUCUUCUGGCCCACUCCCGGACAGACAGCGAACGGCCCCGUAGUCUCAGUUUGCUUUCAGCAGCCCAGCUCCUGUGUCAACUCAGCUCAACUCAUUGGGACCUCAGUAGAGACCCUGAAUCAGGAUGGACUGCAAAGAUUACAGCCCUGAACCUAGACGGACAGAGAAUUAAUAAACUGACCAACCUGGACAAGCUUGUCAACCUGCGCUGGGCCUCUUUCAAUGACAACAACAUCUCUAAAGUGGAAGGACUUGACAACUGUCUACACCUAGAGGAGCUUUUUCUCAAUAACAACUGUAUCACUAAAAUUGACGGACUGUCCAAACUGCUAUACCUGACUAAACUGAGUCUGAAUGGGAACCAGCUGUCUUGUGUGGAGGCCUCAGUACUGGAACGGCUGCACAACCUGCACUUCCUCUCUGUGGAGAACAACAGCAUUGGCACCAUGCAUGGGAUUCACAGGGCCCGCUCUCUCAUUGAGCUCUACAUUGGCAAAAACCAUAUCUCUACGACACGAGAUAUUUACCACCUUAAGGGAUUGAUGAACCUCAUCAUUCUUGAUCUCUACGGCAAUCCUUUAGUCGAGAAACUGGAAAACUAUAGGAUAUACAUAGUGUUUCAACUGCCUUCCUUAAAAGCACUGGAUGGGAUUGCUGUGGAAGCAACGGAGUGCGAGAAUGCAAAAGACGUUUUUGGGGGGAGGCUAACCCCUGACAUGGUGGCAGAAAAGCUGGGCCACUCUAACUACUCAGGCAUUGUUGACCUCACUCUGCAGUCCUGCUCCAUUAGGAUGGUUGACCUGGUGCCGACAGAUCUGUUCCAAAAUCUUCAUAGUGUCAACUUGGAGCACAACAACCUCUCCUCCUUCUCAGGCCUGGUCUACCUACCUAACAUCAAGACCAUCUGUUUAAAUCAUAACCAUAUAGAAUCUAUACUGCCCAGGCAGAAGGCUCAGGCCCACCUGACCAACAGACAGAUAUUGUAUCACAAAGUGAACUCCAGUGGCUAUGGCCAACAGUGCCCAUCCAAAAGCAGCAGGGAAGCUGUGCCCGCCGAUAGCCUGGAACCACUGAUGGGCAGCCUAGAGGUGCUGCAUUUGAGUCACAAUGGCAUCUCCAAUAUGGCCAAUCUGCAGCUCAGCAGGCUCACCAAUCUUAAAGCACUCUUCCUUGAAGGUAAUGAGAUCAGCCAGGUGGAAGGCUUGGAAGGACUGUACCAGCUCAGAGAACUGGUACUGGACAGGAACCGGAUCAAGGUCCUGAAAGAGAACACCUUCAUAUCCCAGGCCAUCCUGCUUGAGCUGCACCUAGCAGAGAAUCGCAUCCGGGAGCUCAGCCACCUCGAACAUCUCGUUGAGCUCCGCAGGUUGUUCCUUGACAUGAAUAAGAUACAGGACAUGUCAGAGCUUGACAAGCUAGAAGUCCUGAUUUCUUUAAAUGAGCUCUCUGUUAGAGGCAACCCUGUGGCACGGCGUUCCCUCCACAGGCCAGCAGUGGUGCUACAUCUCUCCAAGCUGCAGGUCCUUGAUGGAGUGACUGUUACUCUUGAGGAGAGGACUAGGGCUGAACUCCUCUGCACAGACUCACAGUGCCCUGGAGCUCCCAUGCCUACAAUGGACAUAAACCUACCUGGGCUUCUACCCUUUGUGUUGCGCAACACACCAAUCAGAAGGACGAGCCUGAGCGGAGGGCUGCAGAACUUCCUGGGGUGCGAUGUCAUCCUGCCAUGCAACCUGGACGGGGCACAACUACACGACAUGUGCAAAAGCCCUCUAAUCCACAUCAUUGUCGUUGUCUUAAUCCCAGACAAGAAGCACAAGCAUGGCAGCGUUGCUCACAGUGGCCAAUCAGAGAUCACCUGCAGGCACAUCAGAAGAGUGGGGAACAGCCUACUAACAGCAGGUCUCUUUCCUGACAGAAACACUUACCCCCAUCAGGAACAAGACAGUAGCAGAUUUAAGAAUGGCGGUGCUCCAAAACAUCCACCCAUGGAGUAA